AUGACCUCGACCGAGGAGUCAUCAUCACUCAACGAUAAUCACCCCUCUUCCUCCACCGCCGCUGACCCUGACACAACGAAUACCACCUCUGAUACCACGCCGACUUCCUCUGCUGAAACAAUGACAUUAGCAUCACCCGCUCGCACCGCUACGCUCCUCGCCAACCUCUCCUCCGUCACAUCCCGCAUCGCCGCGGCGUCCGCCAAGUCGCCCGUCAGUCGGACCAAACCCGUCCGCCUGGUCGCCGUGUCCAAGCUGAAACCUGCCUCGGACAUUCUCGCCUUAUACAACGCGCCGUCGUCGCCCGUCGGCGAUGGUGAUGGUGAUAGCAGCAGUGCUGCUGGUGUCGGCCCCCAGCUGCACUUCGGCGAGAACUACCUCCAGGAACUGCUCGAGAAGUCGCGCAUCCUGCCCGCGGGCAUCCGGUGGCAUUUCAUCGGCGGGCUGCAGUCGAACAAGUGCGUGUCGUUGGCGCGGGACGUGCGGGGGCUGUGGGCCGUCGAGAGUGUUGAUACAGAGAAGAAGGCGAGCUUGCUGGACAGAGGGUGGGGGGAGCGCAAGCAAAGACAGCAGCAAGACGACGACGACGUGGAGGAGAAACUCCGCGUCUUCGUGCAGGUGAAUACCUCUGGCGAGGAGAACAAGGCUGGCGUAGAGCCGGCCAAUGCGCCCGCGCUGUGUCGCUUUGUGCGCGAGAAAUGCCCGCGUCUGCACUUGCAGGGGCUGAUGACGAUCGGGGCGAUUGCGCGGUCUAAAGCCACGACGCCGGAGACGGAAAAUGAGGAUUUCGUCUGUCUGCGGCAGACGCGCGAUGCGGUUAUCAAGGAGCUCGGGCUGGAAGGGGAUGAGGCGGCGUCGUUCGAGCUGAGCAUGGGCAUGAGCUCCGAUUUCGAGGGCGCGAUUAUGCUGGGCAGCGACGAAGUGCGCGUGGGCACGACCAUCUUUGGCGAACGACCGCCGAAAUCCCAGGCAAAGAUUGUGUGA